AUGACUUUUUAAUUAUUUAAUUCUAAUCCAACUAUUUUGAUUAAAGGAUAUCUUUAAUAAGAAUAUGAAUCUUGGGGAUUAAGAAAUAUAACUGUAGAUAAAGGAUUUUGUUAAAAAAUUUUUUUAAUUUGUUCUGACUUCUCUUCCUGCACAUAGUGUGAUACAACAUAUAAAUUAUAUCAAAAUAAAUGUGUUUAGAAUUGUCCCAUUCAUUCAUCAAAUUGCAUUGAUUAUAAAGAAAUCAUUCCAUGUAAAUAACUAUAAAUUAAUUUUUAGAUUCUUGAUACCUAGCCAAAGGAUUUUAUGAUUUAAACAUGACUCUUGAUGAGAUUUAAUAAUUUUAUGAUUAGACAACUGAUCCAUCAUUUAGUUUAUCGACUAAAUAAAAAUUCUCUUUUUUUAAUAAUAAAAUCGUCUUAGGUGGUUUAUUGGUUUGGAAUGAUGGAUCAUAUAUUAAAACAUGGAUUAUUUAAAAACCUCAUUAUGCAGCUACGAUCUAUUUUAAUUUAACCUAUGGAGACACUUAUACUGGAUCCUUUUAUUAUAAGAUAGGUUCUACCUCAAGUAUUGGAUUUUAAGGACCUUUUAAUAAUCCUGGAGGAGGAUUAAAUUUGAUUGGUCGUACUGGUCUAGAAAGCAUUCGUUUUUUUAAUGUAAGUUUAACAAACUUCUAUACUAAUAAUCUUUAUAUUGAAUUUAAAUGUGAUGUUAGUAUUACAAAUAUAACUAAGGAAUUUUGUGCAAUAUCUGAGUAUUUCAUUGUUAUUCAUUAUGUAUAUUAAUUUUAUGAUUUAGUGUCCUCCUUUUUGCUCUAGCUGUACAAGUUUAAAUACAUGUUCAGAUGUAGGAUAUACUGGUCCUAAUUGUGGUAGUAAUUAAUAUUUAGAUUUUGAUUCAUCGACUGAAAAUUAUAGUUGCAAAAAUUGUAAUUAACCUGGAUGCAAUACAUGUACAAGUAUAGAAGAAUGCACUUAAUGUGUUAAUAAUUAAUUUAUUUUGAUAAAUGGAAUAUGUUUAUGUAAUCCAUUAACAUUUUUAUAAGGAAAUAAUUGUGUUUAAUGCAAUAAAUGUUGUGAAAAUUGUUAUGGUGACUCUUAAUAUAAUUGUCUUACUUGUGUAAAAGAUCAUCAUAGAGAAAUUAAUGUUUAUGUUUAACUGGAUAUUAUGAUGAUGGAAAUAAUUUACCAUGUUUUUCUAUUUGUGGAGAUUAAAUAAUAGUAGGUGAAGAAGAAUGUGAUGAUGGUAAUAUUAAAGAUGAUGAUGGCUGUGUUGAUUGUUAAAUAAAAUGUUAAGUCUAAUAUACAUUAUGUGAAUAAGAUAUUUGCAAAGAAUGUAAUGUUGAAGAUUGGUAAUUAAGUAAUUAAAAAUGCAUACCAAUAUGCGGAGAUUAAUUAGUCUUGGGUCUAGAGGAAUGUGAUGAUGGGAACAUGA